UAGCGAUGCGUCUUGGCCACCCUGUUCCCAUAUAUGGGCGGCCGGCGUGUUAUUUUUAAGUGCACUCGACAAUCCCUAUAAAAACGACGCUUGGCGUCAUUAGCGCACUCGUUGUUAACGUCGCUGAGCGUCGAGUCCAUACACUUACUCAGAGUCGCUGUACCACCAAACCAAAAAACCAUAAAUCAUGUGUGACGACGAUGUAGCGGCUCUUGUCGUCGACAAUGGCUCCGGAAUGUGCAAAGCCGGUUUCGCCGGUGAUGACGCCCCUCGUGCUGUCUUUCCAUCCAUCGUAGGUCGUCCCAGACACCAAGGUGUCAUGGUGGGUAUGGGUCAAAAAGACUCCUACGUAGGAGACGAAGCCCAAAGCAAAAGAGGUAUCCUCACCUUAAAAUACCCCAUUGAACACGGAAUUAUCACUAACUGGGACGAUAUGGAAAAGAUCUGGCAUCACACCUUCUACAAUGAACUUAGAGUAGCCCCCGAAGAACAUCCCAUUCUUUUGACUGAAGCUCCACUUAACCCAAAAGCCAACAGAGAAAAGAUGACUCAAAUCAUGUUUGAAACUUUCAAUACCCCUGCCAUGUAUGUUGCCAUUCAAGCUGUAUUGUCUCUGUACGCUUCCGGUCGUACCACUGGUAUUGUACUUGAUUCUGGAGAUGGUGUAUCCCACACAGUACCCAUCUAUGAAGGUUACGCUCUCCCACACGCCAUCUUGCGUUUGGACUUGGCCGGUAGAGACUUGACUGACUACCUUAUGAAGAUCUUAACCGAAAGAGGUUACUCUUUCACCACCACAGCUGAAAGAGAGAUCGUUCGUGACAUCAAGGAAAAAUUGUGCUAUGUAGCUUUGGACUUCGAACAGGAAAUGGCCACAGCAGCCAGCUCCACCUCCUUAGAAAAGAGUUAUGAACUUCCUGACGGUCAAGUCAUCACCAUUGGUAAUGAAAGGUUCCGUUGCCCUGAAGCUCUCUUCCAACCUUCCUUCUUGGGUAUGGAAUCUUGCGGUAUCCACGAAACUGUCUACAACUCCAUCAUGAAGUGCGAUGUCGACAUCCGUAAAGACUUGUACGCCAACACUGUCCUUUCUGGAGGUACCACAAUGUACCCUGGUAUUGCCGAUCGUAUGCAAAAGGAAAUCACUGCCUUGGCUCCAUCAACCAUCAAAAUCAAGAUCAUCGCUCCCCCAGAAAGAAAGUACUCCGUUUGGAUCGGUGGCUCCAUCUUGGCCUCUCUCUCCACCUUCCAACAGAUGUGGAUCUCCAAACAAGAAUACGACGAAUCCGGCCCUGGAAUUGUUCACCGCAAAUGCUUCUAAACUACUUUAUAUAUUUAUCGUAUACAUAUUAAGUACAAUACUGAGAGUUGGAGCAUGAAUGUAUGUUUUUAUUUAUGGUUAUAUAUAUGAUGACUUGUUGAUAUUGUAACAAUAAAUUCAUUUUGUAUUA